AGGACGGUCAUCAUGUGAUCAGCUGAUUUCCUCAGUUUAAACUCAGACGUUUCCUCAUCAUCAUCAUCAUCAGUCUGAAGCUUCGACACUCAAACACACGCAUCAUGGAGCGUAAACUGGAUCUGUCACGACUGACGGACGAGGAGGCCAAACAUGUCUGGGAGGUGAUUCAACGAGACUUUAACCUCCGAAAGAAAGAAGAGGAGCGACUUGGGGAUCUGAAGACAAAGAUCCAGAAGGAGGACACCAAGCGAGAGCUGCUGGGUUCUCAGAGCCAGCUAUCGGACUCUCACUGCAUCCGCUGCCUGCAGCCCUUUAAGUUCCUGGUCAACAGUAAGCGCCAGUGUCUGGACUGCCACAUGUACACCUGCAAAUCCUGCAGCCGCUACAACAAGAAGGAGCACGGCUGGGUGUGUGACAACUGCCGCAUGACCAGGGUGCUGAAAAUCGGUACUCUUGGUUGGUACCAUGACAACGUACGGAAUCGCUUCAAACGCUUUGGCAGUGCGAAGGUGAUGAGGUCAUUGUACAAGAGGCUGAAUGGAGACGGUGGUCGUGAUGACGACACUCAGAGUAUGCCAGAUGUCCGCAGCCAUGUGUAUAAUGGUGCCGAGGACGACCACAUAGAGACCGAGGUUCAGCGCUACAAAGUGAUGAGGAAGAGCAAACGCUUGCUGUCAGUUCAUCCUCUGGACUUUGACCCCGAGGAAUAUUUCCCUUAUUCACGACGACCUUCUGUACAGCAGAUGCAGGAGGAUCGCAGCUACAGGAAUGACGUGGACUACGACAUGUACAACCACCGAGUGAACCGCAGGAAGAGUCUGGACCGAUACGCCAUGAGACCAGAUGACUACGGCGACAACAGGAUGGUCCGGACUCGUUCUCUGUCUAAGAUCAGCUCCUCGGUUGCUCGGCAGCAGUACGUGGACACCUCGGACGAGGACGAAUACCCGAGGUACCCCCCUGCGUACCAGCAGUACCCCCAUCGCCGCAAGAACAGCAGAGCGUCCUCCCAGGAGAACCUGGGACAAGCCCCACCUAUGAAUGAGCUGAACAAACGAAUGUCGGCCAUCGAGAGUCUGCUGAACCGCCUGGAGGAGAAGAUGACACCUGCUGAUGAGACGGCGACUUCGUCGGUUCAGAACGAGGAGGAGAAGCUGAGGAGGAAGCUGAGCGAGCUGGCGGGGAACCUUAGUGAUAAGGGACUGUCCUCAGAUGACGAGCCCGGGAAGAAGUCCUUCUCUGUGGGUAAAAGUUUGGCUGGUGUGAAGGGCGGCCCGGUGGUCACUCUGGACUCUCUGAAAGAUAAAGAGCUGAGCUCAUCCAGCGACGAGAUGCCCACCGAAGCUCAGAAGAGAUCGACGGCCGCCGCCCUCUGUGACCUCACCACUGAGGUCCUGAGAACCAUUAACGCCACAGAAAACGCGAUGGUCGAGUACGGCCUGUCAGAGCCGGUUGACAGAGCCCACUUAGUAGGGACUGACGUUAAGCAAGCAGAUGAUGCGUUCAGGGAACUUGAGGAAAAUGUGUACAUGGCGGCCGGUCAGUCGUAUGAGCUGGAGACGAAGUUGAGGCGACUUGAGCAGAGCGCCAAGACUCGCUUCGGGGGGACGACGGACUCUGAGCUGUCGGAGCUGGAGGACGUGGUGGCGCUGACCGCCGCCCGAGUCCAGAGCGCCGAGAGCGAGGUGUCGGAUAUCGAGAGUAAGAUCGCUGCUCUGAACGCUGCAGGAUCAAAGAAGAAGGUUUCUGGAUCUCAUCAGAGGAAAAAAGCACCCCAGGAUUUCUCCAAAACCAGUAAUGGAGCCCAGUGGAAAUCCAGCAACAUGUUCUGAACCUGAAACCAGCUGGAAGAAAUCACGUCAUUGUUCUUCAUUUAUUUUCUUCCUGGAAGUUUUUUUUUCUUUUUUUCUGCUGAAUUGUUGGAUUUAACGAAACUCUUCUUUGUGUGUCAAAGAGAAAAAUGUUCAACAUUCACUAUAAAUUCAAACUAAUGAGACACAAUGUUAACCCUGUAAGACCCAGAUAUAGAAAAAAAUGAGCAAUUUUUUUUUGACCUCUCAGAUAUUGUUUUAGGAGGCCUCUGAUGUAGAAAUCAAAGAGUUUUCAAAUUUUUUACAUUUUAGUAAGUUUUUAGGGUAAUGUUGUAAAUUUGCAACGUUGGGCACAGUUGGGAGCAGAACUUCUGUGUUAGUACUCACUUUGUCUGAACAGAUAUACAGAACACUUAAGUAUUCAUUUGCAGGGUUGAUUGCUUACUUAGCACCAUGACAGUAUAUAUCAUGAGUAAUAAUCACACAACAAUCACGGUUUUAUGAAUAAGCGUUUAUAAAUAAAAAAUAUUGGAAAAAAAUAUAUUUACAAAACUUUUUCCUCCGUCACUUUCAAUGUGGUUUACUACAUUCAAACAAUACUAUCUGGCUGGCCUAUUAUGUUCUCUACUUAUCAUACUAAAAGGAACACAUGCUUCCCCCCGAGCACUUACAGGUUCACAUUCAAGACCAUUCUCACCUGUCCCUGAACAAUGCAACAGGCACUGGAUCGUUAAAUUCAUGGGCUAAAGAGAUACUGUCCCAACUAAGGUGAUAAAAACCUUUGGAUGAUGGCAAGUACAUUCAGUUUCUUAUUUUCAUUUUCAAGACCAUAUCACAUUCCAUACAAUAACAGAAGGAUGGCACACGGCGUGGCCAAAGUACAACCAGUGUUACUCAAACAGAGGAAGAACGUUCUUUAGACAAAACACCCAGUUAACAGAUGACUUUAGAUGGACGGUUCAAAUAAUCCUUUGGCUAAUUCCUUUCUCUGGAAGUCAUCAAGCUUCAUUCUGACAUUCAAACUGAAUAUGAAACUCAUGUCCCACACCAUCAUCAUCAUCAUCAUCGUCAUCAUCUUCACAGAGGUUACAGAUCCUCUGGUUUCUGUCCAGCCCGUCACAUCUUCACUGACUUCAGGUGUUAUUUACUCUAAAGUUACAAACAGCCUUUUUUGUUUUCAUGCCACAGAUCCUUCUCCAGUUUAAACUCUUGUUUAAAUAUAUAUUAUAUAUCACAUGAUGUCACACUGCUGAGCUCACUUUACCACUUUUGUAUUGGCCUCUGUUCAUCGGUUAGUUUGAACCAGCUGAUGUUGUUACACUUUGGUCUAGCGAUGGGCAAAGCAGUUCUUUAGAUGUUACUGAAUCACUAAAGGAACACAUGCAUCCCCCCAGAUCACUUACAGGUUCACAUUCAAGACCAUUCGCACCUGUCCCUGAACAAUGCAGCAGGCACCCCCCCAACAAAUCCAGAACAUUCAGAAACCGUUUUUCUAUCUCCUGAUGCUACAAACUGCUGCUUGGGCAACACUGAGAAAAAUAGCUCAGGAUCAUUUAGAAGUUAAAAAACAACAAAAAACUACAAAGAUACAGGGAGGUUCAAAUACUGCUAUAGAUGUUGGAGUUUCAAAUACCCCAUAUAAUUUAUUCAUGUGUUUAAUUAUGGUCUGAGCUAAAUGAAGUAAAAAUUUAAUAGAAAAGCACAUUUAGAGCUUCAUUACAAUGAAUCAUCUAAUACUUUAAAUUUCUACUACAUUUUUUUUCAAUCUGUGACCAUGUGAGAAGUGCAGUGACCUUAUGUAAUGUGUAAGGAGGAGCACAGGCUAUUCUGACUGCCACACUGACCCAACGUUGUAGAAUUACAACAUAGACAUAACAAGCUAUAAAUCAAAUUUGAUGAAUGUUUUCCAAAAUAACUAAAUAUGUACAUGUUCUAGACAUUGUAAUAAACACAAAAAAAAUAUUUAAGAAUUUUCCUUACUUUAAUCCUGACAAAUCCAGUCAUGCAAAAAAAGGAGAUGAGCUCAACGGGAAGUUUGCAGGUAGAGUGAGUUCAUGGCCAGAUGACCAGACCUAUACACACUUCUUCUAUCCAAUAGCAUUGUGAGGACAAACAUUAGGAUCCAUUAACUAUGUAAAUGUGGUCUUGAGAAAAAAAAAAACAUUUGCAGGCCUUUUUUUAGAAUUGUUAAAAGUGAUGUUGUAAAUUUGCAACAGUGGGUUUUACAGGGUUAAAGAUACUUCAUGCUGAAAUUCAACCUAAAACUGAAACAAAGACGUGUUGAUGCAACAUUUAUGUUCCUUGUUUUCAUAUUUUAUGUUUUUCAUUAUCAAAGAGAAAAAGAUUGGAUCUAGUAUUAGUUAUUCAGUUAUUAUUAUUAAAGUAAUAUUGUCACAUAAAUGAAAUAAAGAAAAAUGUUGAAAUACAGAAAAUUACAAAAUGUUAACUCUCCUAUAUUAAAUUAAAUAUGUGCAGAAUUUUGUCGCUCUUGACGUCCUGCGGGAUAAAAAUGUUCAUUAAAAUAAUUGUAACAACUAACAAAAUAAAUAAACUGAGGAUUUAAAAGAACAUUUUUAAAAAGUUCAUCAAUUUUUUUGGUUCAUAAACAAUCGUAGAGUUUACAGUGAAAAGAUCAGUUGUCCUCUGCGACGUGAAGAAAAAAUAUUUAAACAACAAAAAGAGAGCAAAUACAGUAUGGAGGUGUAAAAAUGCCACGCAAAGAAAAACAAACCAAAAGAUCAGUAUCAGAUAAUGACAUGAAAAAUAUUUAAAAUAACGAGAUGUUUUUCACGUCAAAUAUAUUCUAAUGUAAAAACAUGAUAUUUCAACUUUUUACAUUACGUCAUAACCAGCAGCGUUUCACACUGGUCACCUGUAUGCGUGUCACACUGCUGCGAACGCUGACAUUCAGAGAAAAUUUCCGUCUGGCUGCUGUACAUAAUGACGCCUUCCAGCUGUGAAUCAUACCGCCACUAAAGGUCUGAUGACAAAACCACUCACGAAGCAUCAGUAUUUGCCGACUUAAGAAAGAACUGAAUAUUUCCACAUUAUAUCCAACUUUUCAUAUAAAAAAACAAACAAACAAAAAACAUUUUUUCUUGUAAAAAACACAAAAACAAGAAACUUUUCUUGUAAAAACAAAACAAACAAAAACAAGAUUUUUUUUUCUUGUAAAAACAAAAUAACCAAAAACAAGAAACUUUUAUAUUUAAAAAAUAACAAAAAAGCAUUUUCUUGUUAUGACACUCUAUGUAUUUAUCAUAUCAUAAAUGUCUGACUUAAUCACAGUGACUGACGGUGGGUGGUGUUACAGCCGCUGCUCCGUCAGUGAUGUCACAGUCAGACGUAGACCCCAGAAGCUACUCCUGGUGGCGGUGUAAAAGAUCCAAAACUCUGAAACGAUUGUGGCCCCGUGACUCUUACAGACAGAGGGUGUAUCUGUGAGUCUGUGGUCGUUCAGUGACAGGAAGUUAGGACACGAGACAGCCUGCCGACCUCAGGUGCACCUUGAGCGUUCACUGAUGUGGUCCUGCAUCAUCAACCAGGUGACAGGACUCCCUCCACCACCCAUCGAGACGAAAAUUCAGCCGUUCACCAACAUGAUUUCAUUUUAACAGCAGUUGAACAAUAAUUUAACAAAAUAAGAUUUCACGUGAUCAAGAUGUGAUCAUGAUAUUACGUCAAACAUUUCACGUUAAGGAAAGAUAAAUACAUUUAUCGUUAUGACAAUAAAAGGUCAUUGUUUUUUUUGUUUUGUUUUUGUUUUUACAAAACAGCUAAUUGAGGGUUUUUUUGUUUCAUGUUAUUUUGCUUUAUUUUGUUUUCUACAAGUAAAGUUUACUGUUUGUUUGAUGUCAGCAUUCGCAGCAGUGUGAAGCGUACGGUCGGCCAGUUUUAAACACUGCUGAUUAUGACGUAAUAAAAGGAGCUGGACAGUCUCAGUAUGGAGCCGUGGAACAGUGGGCGGAGCAGCGAGUGGAGCGGUGGUGGAUGGGUCCAACAAACCUCAGACUUUCAGCCGUGAGCCGAGCUGGUCACUUCCCCGACGACUGAAAAGCCAAACGAUGAUUUCUUUAUUUUUUAAAACCCUUACCACGUGCUUGUGUUGACGUCCUGGCAUUAGUAACGGCGUCCCAGGACAGCGACAGCAGAAGAAGGAAAAUACCUGGUGCGUAACAUGACGACAGAACGCUUACAUAAAUUUCAAUUUGUCAAAAAAAAAACAAACCCCAAUACAUUCACUAAAUUUGAUAAAAAGAUGAGAUUAUGAAUUUAAUUUAAAAUAAAGAAAUGAAUAAUUAAUAUUUCCAUGAAAAACUGUAUUUGACACAAAUGUUUUCCUCCUUAAUCAAUUAAAAUCUUGGACCUAAUGAGCUUUCAUAGUUUUUUAAAUGAACAUCUGUUUUAGAGAAAAUAUUGGUUUGUUUCAAAUGUUGAGUUUUUUUGAUCACUUCAGAUAUGAUCAAUAAAUGUCUAGAACUAAAGAAUGUCCUCAGUGAUGUAAAGAUGUUUAACAACAGGAGAAUAUUCUCACAUCAGUUCUAUAAAUGUUUUAAUUGAUUGGCUGCUCAUUGUGAACUGGAUAUUAUUGAUCAAGAUUAGUAUUUUCUAAUUGUUUGAAAUAUUGUGUAGGAGAUAAAAAUGUUGAGCUUGAUGUAUUAAUUAUAGAUGAAAGGAUAUAGCACAGAAUAUGACUGACUGAAAGAGCGAAUCUGUGUCAGUG